UCAACGUAAACACUCGGCAGCUUAGUCACUCCCUCUGCCACAAACAAAUAAGUAUGUGCAACAGCACCACCAACAGCACCACCAACAAUUGUAAAGAGGACAUACUUCAGGGUUUGGCGUACAGUGCCGUGUUUCUCCUGGGUUUCCUUGUCAAUGCUGCUGCUCUGCGUGCCUUCAUUGCCAAACGGGACCCCUGGACAGACACCCACAUCUACAUGCUCAACCUGGUUAUAGCUGAUACUGUCCUCAUCCUCUUCAUACCCUUAAGGAUCUACGAUGCCUUCUACUGCCUGCACCCAAAUGAAUUUUGUACUUUCCUCAUUUUCCUACAUUACAUCAACAUGUAUGUCAGCAUUAUGAUCACCACGGCCAUCAGUGUCCAUCGCUACCUGGUCAUAAGGUUCCCGCUGCAGGCCAGAUCCUGGAGAAAGAAGAAAGAGACAGCUUGUGCUGUGUGUUUGGUCUUUUGGGGACUUCUUGUGACAAUAUGUGCUAUAUUCCGAGAGAAUAAUGACCCUAAAAAGCUCUGGAAAUGUUAUGAAAGAUGUAAAGAUAACCAACUUGAUCCAAAGCUCAUUGUCAUUCUGGUGUCUCUAGGCUUCCUCGCUCCACUGUUGAUCAUUGUCUUCUGCUCCAGUCACAUCAUCUGUAUUCUGUUAAAGGUGGGCGACAAGUCAGAGGAAAAGAAAAGCACCAUUGGCAUAGUAACAGCGAACAUGAUUGUGUUCAUUGUCUGCUACACACCGAUCCAUAUUGCCUUUAUUGUCAACUACUUUGAAAAAGUCCCUGAAAACUGGCAGUCUAAAUACUUACCUGCACAUGUGUAUCUACUUGUGGCUGAAUGGAUUGCCUCCACAAACUGCUGUUUUGAUUCCAUCGGCUAUUAUUUUCUAUUGAAACAGUUUUAUUUUUAAGUAAAAGGGAGUACAAGCAUGUGUGUAUAUUUAUUUUAGACUGCACAAUAUUAAACAAAUGAUAUUGUUAAAGGGGUUCUCCACCGAUCUUACACAUCAAGGAAGAGUACUUCUUAGCUUGUAUAAUGUUCCUCUGGAGGAACAACACCCCUGAUGAUGUCAUCAGGGUAGUCCUGGUUUGGGCUUGGGACUUAACACCUGUGAUAUGAACCCACAUAACACACUGGAGGUGUGCAGUAUAAAAUAUGUUGCAUUAUGGGAAUUGUAGGAUGGAGCAGGACUCCCCUGCUGUUUUGUUUUUGACCUUUUUUUUUAAUAUUAUUCCCUAGCUUUUUGGAAGUGCAAUACAAAAACGCUGGACUACCCCUUUAAAUUUGCAGCAUUGUCUGACUGAUUGUAAUUUGACAUAGUUUGUGAUUUCUUCUAAUGAAAUGUGGGCUAUGUAAAAAUUAACUUUUCAGCUUUGAAUCAACGGUUCCCAAUUGAUUAAUUGUACAAAUGAUUCAUUGAAUAUAUUAAAGUAUUGUUAACUACAUAUAUCAGUAUGUACGGUGGCAGAACAAAAUGUAACUUAAUCAUUAUAUUGUUACAUCUGGUUUGGCCUCAAUCAUUAAGUUGUUGAACUCUUCAGCUGCUUGCUAGAUAUAUGUGUGUGUGUGUGUGUGUGUGUGUGUGUGUGUGUGUGUGUGUGUGUGUGUGUGUGUGUGUGUUUUGGAAUAUAAAUACCUGUUAAGUAACUUAUUCAAUCUUUUGUUGACUUUACUGCUCUCUGUGUAAUGUUCAAAGCAUUAUAUCAAAGCAGAUGACAAGAGGUAUUCUCAUCUCUGCACCAGACCUCUCUACUAAAAGAAACUACAGUCUGUGUCUAGCUCAGCAGCAGUGACAGACCACGUCCAGUCAAUGCACAGGCACCAAUGGGAGUUCAAGCCUUUCCCUCCAUCACAGAGGCCAGAUAAAUGAAAUCCAGUGCCCGGCUCCCUCUUGUGACGAGAAAAGUAAAUGCUUGAAAGAUUUUUUCAUUGCCUGUCUGCUCUGGAGCUUUGGCUGUUGUGAAGUUUGAAAUUGCCAAUCUGAUGACAAACAUGUCUCAUUUAUGGAAAAUAAACUGCAAUUAUGACAUACACAUUA